AUGGCGGAUGUGAAGAGGAGAAAAUGCGAAAAUUUACAACUUCCUCGGUCGUUACUAGAUUCUUUAAACGAAAUGAGGAAUACAAGAGAGCACUGUGACGUGUUUCUGCAAGUAAAUAAUGAAGUGUUUCCUGCGCAUCGUGCUGUUUUGGCGGCCAGCUCUUCAUACUUUCGAGCUAUGUUUUCUUCGCAAACUUCUUUUACGGAAGCGAAUAACUCUGAAGUUUGCUUGAAAGGCGUUGAACAAGAGGCUGUGCGUGUGGUUCUGGACUACAUAUAUACUGGGGAAUUAGAAUUUACUCACUUAAACAUUGAGAACGUGAUCACUUUGGCGAAUUUGUGGGACAUUCCAUUUUUAUUGUCCUCCAGUGAAGAUUUCUUACGGGACGAGCUCAACGUGAGCAAUUGUCUAACUGUACAUCUCCUGGUAGAAAACCAUCAAACGUUUUCUUCUUCUUUUCAAGAUUUUCUGGAAAAAUUUAUCUUUAACAACUUUAUGGACAUUUCCAACCAGCAGAACUUUUUGUCUUUGACUGCUGAUCGCCUUAUUGAAAUUCUCAAAAACGACUUGUUGCGAGUGAAAUUCGAACAGAUGGUUUUUCAAGCCGUUAUGAGGUGGAUAAACUAUGAUCGAUGCUCUAGAAAACACUUCGCAGCACAACUUUUCAAAGAAGUAAGGUUUGGAUUGAUGCCCCAUUCCUUUCUUAAUGACAGAGUGCUCACAGAGGAUCUUGUUCAGCAAGAUUCUAAUUGCAAAGACAUUGUUUUAAGGGCUUUAAAACAGACAGGUUUAAGUCAAGAUCUUGAUACGUCCUGUAGAAAACGAAAGGUAGAAGCCCUGUAUUUCUUUGGAGGGCUUUUAAAUAACAUGGGAAAAUGGGGAAAAGGGAAAGUAUUCCUGCCACAGUAUUUAGACUGUGUAAUGGACACUACCAACCUGGAAAAUUUUCCAUCAAUUCACAUGACUGACUGCCAUGUCGCGUCAAUAGGAGAGUUCAUUUACUUCAAUAUUGUGGAUACAAACAAAGUAACAAAACUCAAUAAGUUGACGAUGGAAGCAUCUAGAGUGUUUAUUUUUAAAGGGGAUGGUAACGACAGAGUGAACUCAGUAAACAGUAAGAGCUGUGCUUUUCAGCACUUCAUGUAUGUUGUUGGUGGAAGUUGCUAUAGAAGGUUUAAUACAGCUACAAGCCAGUGGGAGAAGUUGCCUCCUCCAGAAUAUUUACAUUAUCGACCAGGUGUUUGCACUCUUGAUAACAAGGUCUAUGUUAUUGGUGGCUGUACCAAGUGUUAUGAGGAGUGUGUUGACAUUGUUGAGUGUUUCGAUGUAGUCAGGAAAGUUUGGAAAAAACUUUCUCCCAUGCCCACUGGGCGAUGGGGAGGUGGUGCUACUGUAAUGAAUCACAAGAUCUAUGUUGCUGGAGGUGAGUUUAUCUAAACACCAUAUUUAAAGGGGUUAUUUCAUUAGGAUAUUUCUCUUUCAGGUCAAUUCUGUGCUAAAAUCAUUACUUAAUGCCUCUACCCGUCCCAUGCACAAAAGGCUCCUGUAGCAGUUAUGAAAAAGACUUCUAUCAUAUUUCAUCUGGAAACACUAAUCAUAAUAUUUUUUGGUGAUUGUUGUCGACAUGGCAUUAAAACUUGAAAAAGUUGGCUCAACUUUUUCAAGUUUCAGUCCAUGUCCAUCCUUGCCAUCCAUAGAAACAGACAACAGGGAGCAGUUUCAGUUCCUAAAAAUUAAUAUAGUCUUGAAUAACAAAACUGAACCAUUUUCUUGGAAUUAAAUUAAUGGGGAAAAAAAUUAGCUUUUCAAAAAGAUAGCAAAUAAAGUAACAUGGCCGUUUUAAUAAAAUUCAUGCCCAGUCUUUGUGAAAUGACACCUUUUAAAGGUGGCCGAUUAUUAAUUGCAGGCACAAUUUGAACCGUGAUGAACUUUGUGUCAUAACUUUGCCGGUUUUGAUGCAUGAAACCUUGAGAAAAAAUACAGCUAUCAUUCAGGAUUGAUCCAAUUUUACUAGUUUUAAUGAAAUUAGCGCUGUCGUAGAUCCUACUUUUCAAAAAACAUUAUCUGUAAUGAAAAAUAGUUUGGCAAAUUAACUGCCCAAAAUGCCAGUUAUAAGUCAGCACUUGGCAGCUUCAAAAGUUCAGACAUACACCGAAAGCAAAAUUUUGGGGUCAAAAGUGACUCAGCUGAAUCUUGACUUUUGCUUUUCUCUUUCUCUCCUCCCCUCUUCUUUCACUUUUUUCCAUGUUUUUUCCUUUGCUGGGCAUUGAGAGAGCUUGUAAUAUCUUAGGAUUAGAUGGAAGGAAGGUAGAUAGAUAGAGGAACAAGACAUUCAUGGGAAUUUGGGAAAGACAAGUGGGAGCUAUAUGAGUCAGGGUCAGUAAAACUAUAUUAUUUCCUUGGUUUGUUUCACUCACAUAUCUUGCUGAUUACUUCAUUGUAUUUUCAUUAGGUUAUGACACAGAAAACAACUGCCCCUUGGAUACAGUAGAAGUCUAUGACCCUGACAAUGAUACUUGGAGUUCUAUUGCAUCCCUCGUUCAUCCACGCCGGCGUUUUGGUAUGGCUGUUGUCAAUGGCAUCAUUUAUGUAGCUGGUGGGUAUUUUGAGCAUAGCGUAGAGUGGUAUGAUGAAAAAAAUGACCAGUGGAGAGUAUAUGAAGGUGUGACAGUCAACAGGCAUGACUUUACAUGUUUGGCUUUACCAGUUCCUCACUGUUGGUAG